AUGCCUGUAGGACCAGCAGACGACAACGGCACCGUGCUCUACUACGAGGACAGCGGUGCCCCAGAAGGCUCCACCGACUAUGUGACUCUCGUUCUAGUCCAUGGGACAAUGUUCCACGGCGCGAUCUUCCGGCGCAUGAUCACGUUCGCAUCUGCCUCCAACGUCCGGCUCGUCCUCAUCAACCUGCGCGACUACCCCGGAUCGACGCGCUACUCGCCAACGGAGCUCGACGCGCUCCGUUCCGCAGAGGUUGACGUACAGGCAGCUGCCAUCCAGGAGCGAGGACUUGAGCUCGCUGCAUUCGUCCGGUGGUUCAUCGAGACGGAACAAAUCCCACCCAUCUCUGACGGGCCAGGUCCGGACACGAAACCAGCAGGAGGCUUUGUUCUCCUCGGAUGGUCGUCAGGGAACUGCCAGACAGUUCCCGUUCUUGCACAUGCUGACAAGGUACCAGUAGAGACGAGGAGACUUCUCGACUCGUACUUCCGUUCACUCGUGUUCUACGACACUUCCCGACAUGCCAUGGGCGCACAGCGCCUCGAGGGGCUCCACAGCCCCUUUCGGGACACGACCUUGACCGAAAAGCAAAAGAUGGCCGCCUUCCCCGCCUGGGUGUCCUCCUAUUUCACACAAGCGGAUAUCGGCGCAGACGAGGACGCCGACUCUCCCGGCUUCGCGGAGAAACUCCGCCAACGCAAACCCUUGCACGAAGGGCAGGCAGACGUCGACGCGAAGUGGACGCCGACGGUGCAGCGCAUGACGCCCGAGGUGCUAGGGGAGGUGUCCGACUUUGACGUGCUGGAGCGCUCGCAGUCCCUGAUCAAUGAGUUUAACCUGGCGGUCUACGGGGAGAACGUCCGUCGCGCGCUGUUUGAGUGUCCCGUCGAGGAGGAAGGCGGGGAGACGAAGGUGAUUUGGCCGAGGGUCAGAGCGCAAGUAGUGUGGUGCGACAUGUCGACGAGCGAUGGGGUUUUCGGUGCCAAUAAGAUCAAGGCUAUAGCAAGGGAGUGGAGAGAGAAGCAGCAAGGGGGUCGGACCGUGGAGUUUUACAAGUUGGAGAAAGCGAAUCAUUUUCUACAUUGGGAAGAGCCAGAGAGGCUCGUCAAGUUCUUGGCCAGCAUCGUGUGAGGAUAAGACACGGUUCUGCUUGUACGAGGUAGCUCCUGCUCGAUAUAAUGAUUCUGCACUGAGCACCAGUCGCAUGCUCGCUUCCGGAAGCGCAUCUUGCACGCUAUGACACUCAUGAACGCUAUUUCGAACUAAGAGAAUGCCUAAAUCCUCUUACAUAUACACACUUUGACUAUGCCUUCUGAGCGAUUCGUGCUGCUUCCCGCCCUGCAUUCCUCCC